AUGGAAGACAGUACCACAGACACAGAACCAGAAGAGGAAGAGGAAAAAGAUGAAAAGGAUCAAGAGAACGCCGUUUAUGCCAUAGCACCCACAAUUAACAUCCAAGAUGAACGGUUGGUUGAUUUAUCUACAACUCCAGCUUUCAUUUGUCUGCACGAGUUACAUGCUAUGGGAAAACUUCCUGGAACCAGAAUGGCAGAGUUAAAAGCGAAGUACACCUUGCUACAUGAUACCGUGAUAAGCACACAGGAGUCAGAGGUCCAGCUGCUCCAGGAUGCCAAACGUUUCACCAAGCAAAUACAACAGCAGCAAUUUCACCUGCAGCAAGCUGAUAAUUUUCCUGAGGCAUUCACCACUGAGGUCUCUAAAAUGAGAGAACAACUUCUCAAGUAUCAAAAUGAAUAUAAUGCAGUGAAGGAAAGAGAGUUCCAUAAUCAGUACAGAUUAAAUAGCUUAACAGAAGAAAAAAACCUCAUAAUAAAGGAAUUUGAGAAGAUACCUAAGCCAGGAGAAAUGGAGAAGAAGAUGAGAAUAUUGAGAGAAAGCACUGAAGAAUUACGUAAGGAAACAAUGCAGAAGAAAUUAGAAAUUAAAAAUUUACGGGAAGAUUUGGCAUCUAAGCAAAAGCAAUUACUGAAGGAGCAGAAGGAACUAGAAGAACUGUUGGAAUAUCAGGUCAACCUAAAGGAUGAAGUGGUCCACCAUCAAGCUGUUCCUGUACAAAUUGGAAAAGAGAUAGAAAAAACAACACGCAAAAAAGUAGAAAUGGAAAAGAAAAAAAUUGUCUUAGAAUAUGAACUUGAAGAGCUAAAUGACUUCCUAAAGAAAGUUGAAACCAAAAUUAAUUCCAUAAUGGAAGAGAAGGAGGAUGUAAUAAAGGAAGUUGAAGGCAAACGAGCCUUACUUGAAAUAAAAGAACGAGAAUAUAACCAAUUGGUCAAGCUGUCGGAAUUGACCAGAGAGAAUGAAGCAACUUCACUGACUGAAAGAGGAAUCUUGGAUCUCAAUUUACGAAACUGUCUCAUUGACAAGCAGAACUACCAUGAUGAACUUUCUCGUAAGCAAAGAGAAAAAGAACGAGAUUUUCGAAAUUUAAGAAAGAUGGAGCUACUGUUGAAAGUGUCCUGCGAUGCACUCACUCAAACUCAAGCACUGCAUCAAAGGCUUCUAUUAGAGAUUGAAGCUAUCCCUAAAGAUGAUUCUACAUUAUCUGAGAGAAGGAGAGAACUCCACAAGGAAGUUGAAGUGGCUAAGAGGAAUUUGGCUCAACAGAAAAUCCUAUCAGAAGCUGAGUCCAAGUUAGUGGAACAGCAACUUGCAGAAGAAAACAAGCUUUUAAAGGAGCAGGAAAACAUGCGAGAACUUGCCUUCAACCUUGUCCGUAUGACUCAAAUCAAAAUUGAUGAGAAGGAGCAAAAAUCCAAGGAUUUCCUGAAAGCUCAGCAAAAAUAUACCAAUAUUGUUAAGGAGAUCAAAGCAAAGGAUCUUGAAAUCAGGAUACACAAGAAGAAAAAACGUGAAAUUCAUCGGAGACUCAGAGAGUUUGCUAAACUGUAUGACACUGUUCGAAAUGAGAGAAACAAAUUUGUUAACUUACUUCACAAAGCUCACCAGAAAGUAAAUGAAAUAAAAGAAAGGCAUAAAAUGUCAUUAAAUGAACUGGAAAUUUUAAGAAAUAGUGCAGUUACUCAAGAAAGAAAGUUACAAAAUUCCAUGCUGAAACUUGCCAACAAUGUUACCAUCAGAGAAAGCAUGCAAAAUGACGUGUGCAAAAUCGUAGCAAAACUUCAGGCAAUGAAGGAGAAGAAGGAAGUCCAGUUAAAUAACAUCGACAGACUUGCCAAUAUGAUCACAGUGAUUGAAGAGGAGAUGGUGCAACUUCGCAAGAGAUACGAAAAAGCCAUUCAGCAUCGAAAUGAAAGUGGCAUUCAGCUGAUAGAACGGGAAGAGGAAGUGUGCAUCUUCUAUGAAAAAAUAAACAUCCAAGAAAAGAUGAAGCUAAAUGGAGAAAUUGAAAUACAUGUCCUGGAAGAAAAGAUCCGAUUCCUGAAACUGAAGAUUGCCGAGAAGCAAAGACAGAUUCACGUGACCCAGAAAUUGCUGCCAACCAAGAAGGCCCUGGAUGCCGACUUGGCAGUGCUCCAGAUUCAGUUUUCACAGUGCACAGACAGAAUAAGAGACCUGGAGAAACAGCUUAUAAAUCCUGAGGGUGAGAACAGAACCCGCUUCAUUCCAGGGAAAGAUAUGACCCAAGAAGAAAUGAUCAAAAAAUUAGAUUCGCUGGAACUACAGCUGGCCAAGAAGGAAGAGAAGUUACUGGAGAAGGACUUCAUCUAUGAACAGGUCUCCCGGCUCACAGACAGGCUCUGCAGCAAAACUCAGGCCUGCAAACAGGACACUCUGCUCUUAGCCAAGAAGAUGAACGGCUACCGGAAAAAGAUCAAAGAUGCCACAGAAAAAAUGAUGGCUCUUGUUGCUGAGCUUUCCAUGAAACAGGCUCUGGCCAUUGAACUCCAAAAGGAAGUCAUGGAUAAAGAAGAUUUCAUCUUCUCCUGCAAUUCCAGGAUAGAAAAGGGUCUGCCACUCAAUAAAGACAUUGAAAGAGAAUGGCUGAAGGUACUUCGAGAUGAAGAAAUGUAUGCUUUGGCCAUCGCUGAAAAAUCUCAGGAGUUCUUGGCGGCAGAUAUUCGCCAGCUACCCAACGGUGUUUACACAACUGCAGAGCCACGUCCAAAUGCCUAUAUCCCAGAGGCAGAGGCCGCUCUUCCCUUGCCAAAACCAUAUGGCGCUUUGGCUCCUUUUAAGCCCAGUGAACCUGGGGCCAAUAUGAGGCACAUAAGAAAACCUGUUAUAAAGCCAAUUGAAAUCUGA